AUGCUGAAAACGCUGACAAACCCCGACCUUCCAAAGCAUGCCCAAGUAUUGCGGUACGUACUUGGACUGUGGGUGAAACCUGCUGUGAAUGAGAGUGGCUUUGAUCUACACAUUCGGGAUCCCGACAGCGGCCACGAAGAUGAAUGCUUAAAGCAUGCUAUACAACAGCUCUCUAAUCUUACAACAUUAAUCUUAGACUUUGGCCUUGGCAAUCGCACGGCAUCACAAAGGAAUAACCGAGAAAUCGCACGAAAGAGAAGAGUAACAACUUCUCAAAGUUCUCGCCUUCGCGCCGCCCUCAGUGCACUGUCAAGCAGCGAGGAUUUAUUAACGAACAUGGAAAUGAGGUCGUACAAUUACGGGCCUGUAGAUGAUGAUUUGAAAUCUAUCAAUUUUACAGGGAAUGCGCUGUCUAAAAUUACAUCUCUGUCUCUAUAUGACUGCUUUACGUGGUACAACCGGACAUUUCCACACCUUAACAUUCCUUCACUGCGAAGCCUAUAUCUUCGUCAUACCGCAGUGCGAGUUCCCAUCCUGGAAGAUUUUACUCAGCGUCAUCGGAAAACUCUCCGUUCUUUAAAGAUGGAAAAAUUCUGGCUCACCUGGCGUGAAAAUGACUCUAAACCCCAGGAUAUAUUUACAACUGAGAAACUCCUGGCAUUUGAACGCAUCGCAAAGCUAGAUAUUCUGAAAACGGUGCGACUUAGGCGUGUAUUACAGUCUUUCCGGAAACUGGUGUCACCAGAUUAUACUCUUUGUUUCUUUCCGUAA